AUGAGCACGCUUUCCGAGGGCCACACCGACUCACAAGUGGCUCCAAACACGCCCCCUGUGGCCCGCUGCCAGCAGGUGGGCGCGCGCCAGCUGCCCAAGCUGUCCUCAGAGACGAUUUAUGAAGUGCCUGCCGACGGUUCUUGGGACAGGCCACUGUCCCUGGACGAGCUCCUGCAGACGAUGAACAGCAGCUUCAACUACACCGCCCUGCUGCAGCUGAAGCUGGCGGCGCAGCGACGCACCGACGAGGAAGAGCUAAAGCGUAUCAUCUACUUGGUGUCGGUGCCCGUCAUGCUGUUCUUCUGCACUGUAGCUACCAUCAUUAAUCUGACUAUCUGCUUGUCGUCUCGCCUGAUCCGACGACCGCUCAGUCCCACCAUGUGCUUCUCGGUCAGCCUGGCCGGUGCCGACGCUUUCGCCGCCAGCAUUCUGGGCCUCGGCCUGUUGGUCAACAGUCUGCUGCCGGUCGGCUUUGGCGUGGAGACGCUGAACGUCUGCUUCUCGCUGGCGUUCGAGGCGCUCCGGCUGGGCGGCGUCAUCUCGACGGCAGCGCACCUGCUGGCGCUGGCGCUCAACCACUACGUGGGCAUCCUGCGGCCGCUCCACUAUGCGAGACUCAUCACGCGCGGCCGCGUCCUCACCUGCAUCGUGCUGCUUUGGCUGGUGCCCAUAGCUUUCUUCUUCCUCUACUUCCUGGCGGCAGGGGGGUUCCGGCCGGCCGGCGAGUGCUCCUUCGUCUUCCUCCACUACAGCACGUUCCGGCGCGUGGUCGCUUCACUCUUCUUCGUGCCGCUCGGCUGCAUGUUCUUCACCUACUCGCACAUCUUCGUCAUCAUCCGGCAGCACCAGAAGGGCAUCCUGCGCUACCAGAACAGCUCGCAGCUGAAGAGCAGCGUCAAGGCAAUCGUGACCACGCUGCUAAUCCUGGGCACCUACAUCCUGGGCUGGAUGCCCGGCCUGCUCACCUAUAUUCUCAUCUGCGCCGACUGCGCCUUCCACGCCAGGGACUUGGGCCUGCAGGCGCAGCUGGGCAUGACCAUCACCGCUAACACCCUCAUCGUCCUCAAGUGUCUGGUGGAUCCAGUCAUCUACGCGGCGCGCAUGCCCGAGAUCAAGAUGGCGCUGCCCACGACGCUGCCGUCGCAGCGCGGCGCGCCGCUGCGCUCGCAGAGUUGCACCGCAGCACACAACGCCACGCUCCGGAUCAACGGCAACGCGAUGAUUCCGCUGCGCGCGCUGCGGGGCGCCCCCCAGCCGGCCGAGUGCUAA